AGUUGGAGCUUUUAGUUUCAUAUCUGCUGAAGUUUAAUUUUUUUAGUUUCUUUUCCAAUUCUUCGGUUAUCAAAUUUGGAUUGUAUGAUUUGUAAUUUCUGUUUCUUUAUUGUGAUUGUGCUAUAUAGGCCAGUUUUAGUGUUUGAUGGGUUAAAAGCAGGAAGCCUUUGUAAUCAUGAUUUAAACAGUGUGCAUUUAAAGAGAACGAGAAGGCUUUUAGGCGAUGGUUUUAGCUUGUGGGUAAAGUAGAGUAAUAUCUGGGGUUCUUGAACCAGAAAAUUAAAUUGAGGGGUGCUAAAUCUUAGGUUGCCAAAUUCUUGCUCAAAGUUUUUAGAUUUUAAGCUCUGCCAGAAAUAUCAGUCGACUUUGGAGUCCUAGAGUUCUGACCUCGUGAGAGCAUAAGUUCUGAUACUUUGUGGGAUUGUAGGUCUAUAUGUCUAGUGUUUCCCUGUAAAAGGGUUUUGCAUUUGGAGUUCUAAAUCUUCUGGAAUAUUGGUUGGAAUGCUAGAGGGUCAGAACAGAAAUUAUUACUGUAGAUUGACUUUGGAAGACCAUAGUUCUUAAACCAGUGGGAAUAUGGAGCUGAAAAUUUGCAGAAACUUAGACAUACAUGUCUCACAUAUGCCUGAAAAACAGUUUUUAAUUUCGUGCCAUGUAGCUUCCACAAUGGCAAACCAAGUACACCAAUAUCAGAAUCAGCUUUCUGCAGAAUCUGCAUAAUAGAACACUGAAUUUGCAGGUCUAUAGUUUUCUACUCUGAUUUAAUUGGACUGUAAAAUUUUAUAGGAAAAGGGGGAAGUGUGUCUAGUUUUUGUUACAGCGAUUUCACCCUUUUUAAUCUUCUGGAUUUGGAGAAACAGCUGUUUUAGCGACUAUAGGUCAGCAGCAGUUUGCAGACCAGCUUAGGAACUUUCACAAGCCACCAUUUUUAACUCAGUGGGUGGCCAACAUUAUACGGAUUGAAAGCUAUGAGUGUAUUUUCCAUUUUAGUAGAAUCACUCUUACGUACGUUUUUAUCUCAACUUGUGAGGCAUUUGAAGAAGGAAUGCCUCGAGAUUUGUAUAUCUUCAGAGAUGAUAUUAUUCACUUAAUGGAGAUGCAAUGGCUCAGCGCAAACUGCAUAGUGGCUUACAUGAGGUACCUAUAUGAGGUCCUUGAGAAAUCUGACAUGGUUGAUACAUUUGGGUUCGUGGAUCCUGCACGGGUCGUCUCUAUUGCGGUAUCAUAUUCAAAGAAUGUAGUGAACAAUUUAGUAGAACGGAUGCAACAAGGAAAGUCUCUGAUCGCAUAUUUUUGGUACCUUACAAUCCCAGUGACCAUUGGAUGUUGACUAUAAUAAAUGAAGAAAAAGACAUUGUCUACAUUGUGGACUCUUUGGAAAGACAAUACCCCAAGUGGAUGGAAACUGCGAACAAUGCAAUCAAAUUAUUUAAUGGAAUUACGGGUAGACAUGGCAAAAAAGCAUCACGAUGGAUAAAUCUCUCGGGUGCACCAAAACAAGUGGGCGGUGGUGAAUGUGGUUACUAUGUCAUGAGAUACAUGAAGGAACUGAUUGAGGAUCCAAUGCUUUCUUUUGCACAGAAGUGGAGUAGGAAGUCGAAGAGAACCAGCUACUCACAAGAGCAAAUUGAUGAGGUGCGGGUUGAAUGGAGUGAGUUUGUUACAAGGAAAUACUUGUAGACGUUUAUGAUGAAGCGUGAUAUUUGUAGUGCUGCUUUUUAUGGAACAAGUAGUCUUUGUUGAUCGUUUGUUAAGUUGGACAAAAUUAUUUAAGUUUCAUUGUUUAAUAUGUAGUAGUACUUAAGUAAUUUACUUAUUGUAGAACAUGAUAUUUUAACUUUUGGUUUAUGAAAGAUAUAUCGGU